AUGAGCGCCGAGCCGGAGAAAGGUGGAAACCCUCUGGGGACUCCAGACAUGACCAGCCUCCAACGCGCACGCGAGAUGCUUGCCCAGCCGGUUCUUGCUUCUUUCAUCGCCGGUGGAGUGGCCGGCGCUGUCUCGCGCACCGUCGUAUCGCCCCUUGAGCGCCUCAAGAUCCUCUUCCAGAUCCAGAGCGUGGGUCGCGAAGAGUACAAGAUGUCAGUGCCCAAGGCGCUGGCCAAAAUGUGGAGAGAGGAGGGAUGGAGAGGGUUCAUGGCUGGCAACGGCACCAACUGCAUACGCAUUGUCCCGUACUCGGCUGUGCAGUUCAGUGCGUACAACGUCUACAAGCGAUUCUUCGAGCGAGAACCUGGCGGCCCACUCGACGCCUACCAGCGACUUCUCUGCGGUGGACUCGCCGGUAUUACCUCCGUCACUUUUACGUAUCCGCUCGAUAUCGUCCGCACACGUCUGUCCAUCCAGUCCGCAUCAUUCUCGAGUCUGAAGAAGGAGCAAGGCCAGAAGCUGCCGGGCAUGGGGGCGCUACUAGUCAACAUGUACAAGACAGAAGGUGGAAUGUCAGCGCUCUACCGUGGGAUUAUCCCAACCGUGGCUGGGGUGGCUCCCUACGUCGGUCUGAAUUUCAUGGUCUACGAAAUGGCACGUACGCACUUCACACCCGAGGGCGAGAAAGACCCCACUGCGCUUGGCAAACUCGCAGCCGGUGCGGUCUCCGGAGCGGUAGCCCAGACCAUUACAUACCCAUUCGACGUCCUCAGGCGGCGAUUCCAAAUCAACACCAUGAGUGGAAUGGGCUACCAAUACUCGGGCAUCGGCGAUGCCAUCAUCACUAUCAUCAAGCAUGAAGGCUUCAGGGGAUUAUAUAAGGGCAUCGUGCCAAAUCUGCUCAAAGUCGCACCCAGCAUGGCUAGCAGCUGGCUCAGCUUCGAGAUGACAAGAGACAUGCUCAUGGGCAGCUGGAACUCUGGAUUCUUAUAA